ACGUCUACUUGUUAUUAUAUACAUUACAUACAUACGUACAUAUAAAUCUGUUUAUAUUCCGUCGUCGUCUUCUCUUCCCGGGAAUUAAUUACUCUUCCUCCCCUUAGUUCCUCGCCGAUUAUCCGAAAAAGGUGCUGCUUGUACUCGUUAGCGUUGGUGCUUGCGUAUAUAAGAUAUACCCCCCUGAGCUGUUUAGCUGUUUGACCUGAUUCACGAUCCGACGGGCACUAGUCAACUAUUCUGAGUAGCUUGAGAAGCGCGUGAUAUAUUUCUAGUACUAGACAAAUAUAUUUAUACUAGGGAAGGGUUCGUUCAAAUAUGAGCAGUCCUUCUUGGUAUUCCUCAUUGUGGUUUUUCGGUUGUCUAGCACCUUGAAGUAUUUCGCUGUUUUAGUUCUUGCUUUUAUACCUAUAAAAUAUGUCCAAGAUGGGUCACUCCAGGUGCUUUUCCACGUACGACGACGAGUUCGAGUUCGACGACGCAUAUUUUAGACAAUUCUAUAAGCCAUUGUCUAACCUUCCCACGCCGCCUCCCUCGUCUAAAAAUUCAUCCGCCGUUCAGAGCCCUUGCAUUGUCGCCGAAGAUGUCGAUUCUGUCACAUGCGAAUAUCUAGGUCCUGCUGCUCACCUAGCGAGAAUGCUACCCCCGGGAGCUUCUUUCACGACACCGUCCAUUUCUAUUGUGCGAGCCAUACUGGCACGUGCCGACCUACCAAUGGAUAUCAUUGCUCUAGCGGUGUGCAUAUUGGAUUCGUUAAACUCCCGAUUUUCUCGAACAUGGCGGAUCUCCUUCCCAUUAAGCAAGCUAAGCGAUUUAGCACCGAAACGUCACACAUUGCCGUCUGGUGCAAUUCAAGCUGUACACAUCGACAGUGUAUUCCCCGAAAUAAUCAUCCUAGCCGCAUUGAUGAUCGCCGACAAGUUCGUAGAAGAUUUGCAGGAGACAACCCAAUAUUACGGCACGGCGUGGGGCAACAAUAUGUGGACGAGUGAGCAGAUUAAUUUCACCGAGCGGUGCAUUAUGGAGAGCCUAGGAUAUCGGAUCUUGCCUCUGUGGGAUGCUAAGUCCAUCAAGCAAGCGAGACACGAUAUCGAAUUAGCCCGACGGGAAUUGGUCGACGCAGGAGGCAUUGGGAUAGGGGAUGACAACAAGAUGGCUAAGCAUGCGAAGUCGAUGAGCUCAGGACACGCCGUGAUGGGUCCGGGUCUACAGCUCACCCCUGUUGAUACGCCCACCUCAGAAUUGUCGGCUCCAUUUGGCCAUCUCGGCCGCGAAACUCGGGAAGCGUUUAGCAACAGCUCGACCCUGCCAGGAGACUAUUUGCGCCCGCCCCCCGCCCGAGUAUCUCGAUGAAUCUAAUAUUAGCGGGCGAUC